GUCGAGUGCCAGCUUGGUGACACAUGCUUUCUCACUAGCUGGCUCACUCUCUCGUGGGGACAAGGAGGUCGUCAGCACCCACGGAGGGACUUGAGGCAGGACCGGCCAUGCAGACGCUGAUUGCAGCACUGGUUCUGAUUGCGGCAGCCCAGGCCGAGCUGAAGGACAAGGUGCAGCAUGGCGGACCCUGCGACCAGAUGUCUCACCCCUACCAAGCUGCUCUCUACAGCUCAGGCCACCUGCUCUGCGGCGGCGUCCUCAUUCACCCGCUGUGGGUCCUCACCGCUGCCCACUGCAGAAAGCCGAAUCUUCAGGUCUACCUGGGGAAGCACAACAUUUAUGAAACAGAGAAUUUCCAGGAGCAGAGCCCUGUCGUCCGGACUGUGGUCCACCCCGGCUACAACGCUGGCACUCACGACCAGGACAUCAUGCUGUUACGCCUGAAGCGCCCAGCCAAUCUCUCUGAACGCAUCCAGCCCCUGGCCCUGGAGGGGGACUGCUCCGCCAGCCGCACCAGAUGCCACAUCCUAGGCUGGGGCAAGACAGCAAACGGUAUUUUUCCUAACACCAUCCAGUGUGCAUACAUCCACCUGGUACCUCGUGAGGAGUGUGAGCGCGCCUACCCCGGCCAGAUCACCCAGAACAUGGUGUGCGCAGGGGAUGAGAAGUACGGGAAGGACUCCUGCCAGGGUGAUUCCGGGGGACCACUGGUGUGUGGAGACCGCCUCCGAGGCCUUGUAUCAUGGGGUAACGUUCCCUGCGGAUCCAAGGAGAAGCCAGGGGUCUACACCGAUGUCUGCAGAUAUGGCCCAUGGAUCCGAAAAAUCAUUCAGGCCAACUAGCUCUGACAUGUGACACCCAGCUCUUGACUUUGGUCCCCACUUGCUGGCUCUAAAAUAUCUCUGACCAAGACCUUGCCUUCCCCCGCACCCUCCCAGGUCUGACUGUUCACGCUUAAUGCUGCCUGAUUUUACUCCAGCCCCAACCUUGCAUCCCUGGGGGUGAAUGGGGACACAGGCUGAAGUUUUGCCCCCACCACUAAGAGAACACAGGAAAAUCCUUCCCAAGCAGCCACCCAACCUUGCCUGAUAGCCC